AUGCCUUUUCUACAACUCUUACUUAUGAUGUUAACCAUUUUUGGCACAGCGAAUGCCUCACUGGAAAUGAGCGCCGACACAACAUUCAGUGAAAAAGAUUUGGGGAAGAGAAAAGCCGAAGACGCGAUUCCCGUCAUCGAGAUACGCGGUGAAGGGAAACCGAUGUCAUCAGCGCAGAUCCGACAUCUCGAAGAGCUCUCAAAUGGGGGACCGCUUGAUCUGAAGACAGAAACCGUUUGGAAAUCAGCAACUUGUGAGCGAAAAGUGCAACGAAACGAUUAUGUCACUUUUCACUAUAAAUGCUUCACGGAGGAUGGCAAGAAAAUCGCCCAAUCAUACGGGGGAGAGACGGUGAAAAUGCAAGUGGGAGUGGGAAUGGCGAGUAGAGGAUUGGAUAAGGGCCUAUUGGGGAUGUGUGUGGAGGAAUUACGAAAAAUCACAAUCCCGUAUCGUUUAAGUCGAAAGGGGAAAAGUGUCGUUUGGAAGAAUUUGCCGAAUGAUGAGCAUUGGAUAACGAUGCAGAUUGAGCUCCUCUCGCUCACCCCUUACACUCACCAAGAACAAUUUCGUUUCCUCGACUCCGACAACGACACGAAAAUCGCGGAAGACGAUCUCAUCAACUGGUCCAAAGGAAUGAAGAAAAAUUACGGGAAAACAUGGAAAAACGAUCAAAUCGACACUGUUUUGGCGGCUAAAUACUAUAUAAAAUAUUUUGACGUGAAUCGAGAUGGCUUCGUGGAUUUGGGAGAAUUCGAAGAGAUUAUGGAAAGAGAUGAAAAAAUGAUGAAAAGGGAAAAAGUGAAGGCAAAAGGUCGUCGACGAGACCCGGGUUUCGCGUGGAUUCUCGACUUCAACAAUGACGGAGUAGUCACAUUUGAGGAAAACGAUGAGGCUCCAAAUCACUUCGAAAAAGAUCCAACCACUCUUCCAUAUCAAAUCGACAAAGAAGAACUU